AUGAUCGUUCCUGAUGGUCAUUGCAUUACCCGAUAUAAACAAAAUUUUUAUGAAGUUCACUGCUGUUGUGAUCAGCAGUAUCGUGAAGAAUGUGUGAUAAAAACUGAUCAAGAAAACAAUAUAUGUGCUACUGGAACUAUUUCAGAGUCAGAAGUUGCUAUUGAAAAAAGUUCAAUCAAAUCUUUAUCUGUUGCUUCACGCUGUGUAACUUCGUUUCUAUUAAAUGCAAGCAAAAAUGGAAUGAUCAAACUUGUAAAUGCAUCAUAUGGUAUUCCUAGAAUAAAUCCCAACACUGGUGCUAAUGAUUGUGAUCGAUAUUCCCCAAAAGAUAGUGUCACUGAGUGUACCAUACUUGAAAAUUGUAAUAGAAUGUGCCCACUGAGAAAACCUUUGCAAUACAGUAAUGAAUUAAUUAAGGUAUCAUUUAUUACUAUUAUUCAAAUUAUAUAAGU